CCGCACUUCAUCGUAACACACUUAAAAUUCUUUAAAAUUCUAGUGUGCUUUCUCGCAUUCUUAUUUUAUCACGUUCAUCCACCGGCCCUUCUUACGUUCCGUGACUGCUUAUGGCGCAGACACUACUAUCCCAAAGAGUUCCCUUCAGUUGGAAUCCUGCAGGCACAAGGCAAAGCCGACUGAAGUCCGAACUAGCGUCAAACUCGACAAGGGCCAAAUUUUCAUUUCGGAAGGUACAUUCAUCGUUUAUCCCAGAAGCUGGCAUUUCCGGUGGCGAUCUUCAUCCCGCGUACAGUGUCCGUGCUGGUGGUCUUGUGGUUCCACGGCAAGAAGCGGGUGACCCGUUUGGUCUACUCCUUCGUCAACGCAUCGUUUUCCUUGGAAACCAGGUGGAUGACUUCACCGCGGAUGCUGUAAUAAGUCAACUGCUUCUUCUCGACGCGCAGGAUCCAAAAAAGGACAUCAAGCUGUUCAUCAACUCCCCAGGUGGAUCUGUUACCGCCGGCAUGGGGAUAUACGACGCUAUGCAAAUGUGUCGCGCUGAUGUUAGUACAGUUUGUAUGGGCCUCGCAGCCUCAAUGGGUGCUUUCCUUCUUACUGCAGGUUCACGUGGAAAACGACUUUCGAUGCCUAACGCUCGCAUAAUGAUCCACCAGCCUCUUGGAGGCGCAUCUGGCCAGGCUGUUGAUAUAGAGAUUCAGGCUCAGGAAAUCAUGUUCCACAAAGCAAAUUUGAACCGGUUGAUGGCGUUUCACACAGAUCAAGACGUGAAGCAGAUUGAUGAAGACACAGACAGAGAUAGAUACAUGUCACCACUUGAAGCAAAAAACUAUGGAAUCAUUGAUGAGAUUAUAGGCGGCGACGAUGCCGGGCUCAAGAUUGAGGGCGAACCCAAAGAGUAUCUGAAGACAAAAGCGUCUUAUAUCUCCUGGGGUGAUGAAUUGGAUGACACUUCAUCGUGAGAAAGUCACACGAGGGAGGUCGCGAACAUUUUCGAACUUCAUCCUCGUCCUGAGAUAUCUACGCAGCUAAUAAUGCUAGUGAAUCUGAAGAACAAAAACCUAACAUUACAGUCGCCGAAGGCUUUUUUUUUUAUCCAACUUCUUGUCAUUCUUUGUAGAGUUGAGACUAGCCUGAAAUGCGACGGAAUUCGAGACAAACUCAUCCUUACU